GAAUCAGGAACCUCGAAAAAAGAUAGAAACGUUACUAUUAUGUUAUCAGAUGAAGUAUUACCGUCAAAAGAAAAAAUGCCGAUUGGAUUCUUCAACCAAUCUUAUACCCUUGAUAGUACUAUAUAUAAAUUACCUGAAGAACAAGAGGAUUAUGAAGAAGGAAAGGCUGAAGAGA